UUCAAAAAACCCCGGAGGAACAAUUACAACAACAACAAACAGGAUUAAAUCAUGUAAGUCAAGUUUUUGAUAAGUUAGAAAAUAAACCGGAAAAUUUUAAGGCAGGCAAAGUGUCUGCUUUCUAUGAAUCAUGGACAAAUAUAACUUGUGACAAGAAAUUACUAAAUACCGUUAAAUAUGGAUAUACUAUUGAAUUCGAAGAAACUCCUUCUGAUUUAACAGCUGCUCCCUGUAUAAAAUUUAACACUCAUGAACAUCAAAUUAUUGCAUCGCUCUUGGACGAAUUAAAAUUGAAAAAUAUUAUAGAGGAGACGAAUCAUGAGUUUGCUGGGGAAAGUACUUCAAAAAGUAACGGAAGACCAGGCAGAGGCAAUCUUGGUAGCCCCUAUUUUCACAACACAGCCAUGGUUUCCGCGUCUUCUUCAAAUGAUCUGCAGUCAGAGCUACAUACUUCCAAGGAUGGAGAAUUUGUUAACAUCACCAAGGAAGAAAAAACCAUCCUCUAGUGUCCAUGAAAAUGGGGGUUUUCAGGAUAUCCGGGAACAUCUUAUUCGUUCAGGACUACCAGAAGAGUCUGCAAAAAUCAUCAUGGCGUCUUGGCGACGGUCAACGCAAGAUCAGUAUGGGUCACAUAUCAAAAAAUGGUUGCGUUUUUGUGGUCAAGAACAAAUUAAUUCAAUUAAACCAUCUAUGAAUCAGGUAAUUCUAUUUUUGACAAAACUUCAUACAGAGAAGUACAGUUACAGAACAAUAAGUGCAGCAAAAUCAGCAAUAUCAACUUAUAUAAGUCUUUUUCAUGACAUGGAUAUUGGAAGUGACAGAAAAUAAAACGCUUCAUGAAAGGGAUAUUUGAAAUUAACCCUGCAUUGCCAAAAUAUAACGCCACAUGGGAUGUUAAACAAGUCUUAAACUGCAUAAAAGGAAUGCCAACCAAUGAUUUAUCAUUACGGUUGCUGAGUGUAAAAUUAGUAGUUUUGUUGGCACUCACAACAGGACAACGGUGUCAAACUUUAGCUGCAUUGGAUAUUGAGGAUUUGCAUAUAGAACAAACAUGUGUAAAAAUCAGAGUUACAAGUGUGCUUAAACAAACAAAACCAAAUUCUCAUUUAGCAGAGCAAUUUAUUGAAGAGUAUUGUCAUGAUAGUGAAUUAUGUGUUGUUAGGGCAUUAAGAAUUUAUUUGGAAAAAACUAAUACUCUAAGAAAUACAUCAAAAUUAUUCAUUACUCUGCAAAAGCCACAUGGUGCAGUGACAUCAAAUACUAUCGCAAGGUGGAUAAAAUUAGGCCUUAAACUAGCUGGAAUAAACAUUUCUACUUUUUCUGCACACAGUACAAGGGGUGCUUCUACUAGUGCAGUAGCAUCAAAAUCUAUUCCAAUUAAUACAAUUUUAAAAACAGCAGGUUGGAAAAGAGAUUGUACAUUCAGAACUUUUUAUAACAAACAAAUAAGUAAUGAUUCAUCCUAUAGCAAAGCAAUUUUAAGUAUAGUUGAUGAUUAAUAAGACAAUGCAUACACAUGUCAUAGUUCAUGUGCAAAAUUAUUGCUAUAAACUCAAGAGUACUAAGGUUGAUAUUACAUAGAUUAGAUUAAAAAUUGUUUUUUCUGGAGAAAUUGUGUAUAGUUAUAUGAUUUUAAUUGCAUUUUAUGACUAAAUUGAAACAAUUUAUGAAUUUUAUUAUGCAUGGAACAUAAUUAAUUUGUCAUUUGUGUUUUAUUGCUUUAUAUUAGCUUUAGUAUGACUGAAAUAUUAUUUCAAGAUAAAUCAAAGCUUUUUUGAAAUGUAUCAAUUGUCACAAUGACAUUAUGACAAUACAGGAUUUCAUCAACUCA